AUGCAGACCACCAGGGCACUACUCAUUUCUCCUGCUCUGAUCCGCUCUUGUACCAGGGGUCUGAUCAGGCCUGCGUCUGCCUCCUUCCUGAGUAGGCCAGGGAUCCCAUCUGUACAGCCUUCCUACAGCAGUGGCCCACUGCAGGUGGCCCGGCGGGAAUUCCAGACCAGUGUUGUCUCCCGGGACAUUGACACAGCAGCCGAGUUUAUUGGCGCUGGGGCUGCCACAGUUGGUGUGGCUGGUUCAGGGGCCGGUAUUGGAACAGCGUUUGGCAGCUUGAUCAUUGGCUAUGCCAGGAACCCGUCUCUGAAGCAGCAACUCUUCUCCCAUGCCAUUCUGGGCUUUGCCCUGUCUGAGGCUAUAGGGCUUUUCUGUUUGAUGGCCGCCUUCCUCAUCCUCUUCACCAUGUGA